CUUGCCACAAAUUGCCCUAUCUUCGAGUCAGAAUCUGUAACCCAGGUGUGGGGUUCUGAGUGAACUCGCCAGAUUUUUCAAAGAGUAUUUUCCGCCACGGCGUCAAUUAUUUAGUCAAUAGAAAACAUUUUUCAAAAAACAAUUCAAAGACAACGAAAUAAGCACACGCACCCACUCACUCACUCACUCACUCACGCUUCCCUGUGCUCUUUUCUCUCUUUCUCUAUCCCUCUUUUCAUUUUUUUAUUUCUCUCAACUCAUUUUCUCCAACUCCGUUUGUCUUUGUCUCUCUCUCCUACCUUACCUUUUUGGCUUUGCUUUUUGUGCCCCUUCUUGUCAAGUUUCUUUUUCUUGUUCUCUUUGAAAAUCUAAAACCCUAGCUGUAAUAGUAGUAACUUCUUUCUAGAAAUUGUUUUAGUUCCGUACUUGUCUUCACCAGAUCUACAUUGCUCUGUGCAUUGAGCCAAAAGAUUCUCUGUUUCAUUUUUUUUUCUUUUGCUUUUUGCUUUUCUUUUUCUUAUUUUCCACUUUCUCUUUUUUUUUUUUUUUUAACUCUCUCUCCCCACAGAUCGAGUUAAAGCACUUCAAUUUUAGCUAAAGAACCUGCAUUUUGUGCUAGAUCCAAGCAUGAUCUUUCUCUUCCUGUAAUUCUCAUAUCUGCUGAGCCUUGCUCUUUAGAACAAUGUGGGAAAGUUUCAGUUUUGAGUUUGUUGAUUAGCACUUUCAUGGGGUUGAAUGACACAUUUGUUUCUGAAUUGCUAGAACUAGUGUUGUAGCUUAAAAUGGAGGACCCCGAAGCACAACCUGGUGAAGAUCCGGUGGUAACGCCCCUAAAUUUGGAGAACCAGUUCGCUAAAAGUCCGGCAGAAAGUGUGAAAAAGGCUACUAAAUCUGGGAAAUCUAGUGAAGCAGCAGAGACAAAAGUCUCAACACAGGCUGAUUCAACCAGAAAGAGAAGUGAUACUAGAAAUGGUUAUGAAUUAAGUUCAGGUUUUGCCAGAUCAACUAUAUCUUCUUCAUUGCGAUCAUCAAAUUCUGUUGGGGUGACAAGAAGAAACAGCACAGGGGGCAUGACUGAGAAGUCAUCAGCCUCUAAUGCAAGACAGCAAAACAAUGCUAGUACUGUUGCAGGCAAGAAACCCACCAUUCCUUCGGCUACUGAGUCGGUUAGGCGGUCCUUACCAGAACUCAGAAGAAGUUCACUGCCUUCAGCGGCAACAAAACCAACAUCCCGAGCAAACCUUUCAGAGACUAGGAAGUCGGUUCCAAUGUCACUGGUGGGUCGAAGUUUAAGUACAUCAACUGCAUCUGAUACAAGUACACAAAGAACUGUGAGAAAGACAACCAUAAAGCCAGCAGUAUCAGCGUCUUCUUCUUUGAAAAAGAUUACUUCUUCAUCACUUGACAGCACUGCCAGUAGCACAAGCAGAAAGACAAUCUCAAAGGUUUCUUCUCCAACUGCCCGAUCACCAACAAUAUCCGGAGGUUUAAGAGCUGGGUCCUUGUCUUCAUCGCUGGAUAGGAGUUCUAAUUUAUCUGGGCGGAAGAAAGCAGUGACCCCAGAAAGUAGAGAUUCACGUUUCAUUGUUCUUCCACAGGUGGAGAUCAAAGCUGGUGAUGAUGUGAGAUUGGAUCUUAGGGGCCAUAGAGUGCGCAGCCUCAAUGCUAGUGGCUUGAACUUGUCACCAAAUCUAGAGUUUGUUUAUCUCAGAGAUAAUCUAUUAUCAACACUCGAAGGAGUUGAGAUAUUGACACGAGUGAAGGUUCUUGAUUUGAGCUUUAAUGAUUUUAAAGGGCCUGGAUUUGAACCUCUUGAGAAUUGCAAAGCCCUACAGCAAUUAUAUCUUGCUGGGAAUCAAAUCACUUCACUUGUAAGUUUACCUCAGCUACCCAACUUGGAGUUUCUCUCUGUUGCUCAAAACAAGUUGAAGUCUCUUUCAAUGGCAAGUCAACCUCGACUACAGGUUUUAGCUGCCAGCAAAAACAAAAUAUCAACUCUAAAGGGUUUUCCUUAUCUUCCUGUCCUUGAGCAUUUGCGAGUGGAAGAGAACCCUAUACUUAAGAUGCCUCAUGUGGAAGCAGCUUCCAUUUUGCUUGUUGGGCCUACCUUGAAGAAAUUUAAUGAUAGAGAUCUUUCUCGAGAUGAGCUGGCACUUGCAAAGCGUUAUCCUGCACAUACAGCUUCGUGCAUUAGGGAUGGUUGGGAGUUUUGUCGUCCAGAGCAUGCAGCAGACUCAACAUUUCGCUUCCUGUUUGAGCAAUGGAAGGAUCAUUUUCCUCCUGGUUACAUGCUUAAAGAAGCCUCUAUUGACAAACCUUUUGAAGAGGAUGCUUGUCGAUGUCACAUUGUUUUUGUUCAGGAGAGCACACUGAGCAUUGAUCCAGAUUUAAUCUUACAGUAUAAAUGGUUUCUGGGAGAGAGAAUGCUUUCUAAUUUCACUAAUAUUCCUGAUGCCAAUGGGGAGGUUUAUUGGCCAAAGCAUGAAGACAUAGAUAAAAUUUUAAAAGUGGAAUGUACUCCAGUCUUAGGGCAAACCGAGUAUCCUCCAAUUUUUGUCAUAUCGUCUCCGGUUGCACGAGGAAAUGGAAUUCCAAAGGUUGUAAACCUUGAAGUGCAUGGUGAACUGGUGGAAGGUAACGUAAUCAAGGGUCAUGCUAAGGUUGCAUGGUGUGGUGGGACUCCUGGGAAGGGUGUUGCUAGCUGGUUAAGGCGAAGAUGGAACAGCAGCCCAGUGGUAAUUGCUGGAGCAGAGGAUGAAGAGUAUCAAUUGACCAUAGAUGACAUUGACUCCAGUUUGGUCUUUAUGUAUACGCCAGUUACAGAAGAAGGUGCCAAAGGGGAGCCUCAAUAUAAGUAUACAGAUUUUGUCAAAGCAGCUCCCCCAUCCGUCAGUAACGUCCGAAUUAUUGGAGAUGCUGUAGAAGGAAAUGUCAUCAGAGGAGUUGGCAAUUACUUUGGAGGAAGAGAGGGUCCCAGCAAGUUUGAGUGGUUACGUGAGAAUAAGGAGACUGGAGACUUUCUGAUGGUGACCAGUGGUACAUCUGAGUAUACUUUGACCAAAGAAGAUGUUGGGCGACGCAUGGCUUUCAUAUAUAUACCUAUAAACUUCGAGGGACAGGAAGGGGAAUCUGUGUCAAUAGUCUCUGGUACAGUGAGGCAAGCUCCACCGAAAGUAACAAAUGUUAAGAUAAUUGGCGAUUUGAGGGAGAACAGUAAGAUUACUGUGACUGGUACUGUCACUGGAGGUACUGAAGGUUCAAGCAGAGUACAGUGGUUUAAGACAAAUUCUUCGACACUCAAUGGUGAGAAUGACCUUGAAGCAAUGAGCACAUCCAAGGUUGCUAAGGCAUUCCGCAUACCUCUAGGAGCAGUUGACUAUUAUAUUGUUGCAAAAUAUACUCCGAUGACUCCUGGUGGUGAAUCUGGUGAACCAGUAUAUGUUAUAUCGGAACGAGCAGUGGAGACUCUUCCCCCCAGCCUAAAUUUCUUAUCUAUCACGGGUGAUUAUAGUGAAGGUGGUGUACUGACAGCAUCAUAUGGCUAUAUAGGGGGUCAUGAAGGGAAAAGUAUAUACAAUUGGUACCUUCAUGAGGUUGAAAAUGACACUGGUACUCUGAUACACGAGGUUUCAGGGCUUCUUGAGUAUCGCAUUACUAAAGAUGCAAUCGGUAAUUUCAUCUCCUUUCAAUGUACCCCAGUGCGUGAUGAUGGGAUUGUAGGCGAGCCAAGAACUUGCUUGGGACAGGAACGUGUUCGUCCUGGAAGCCCAAGAUUGCUUGCUCUGCAGAUAGUUGGAAAUGCUGUUGAAGGAACUAUUUUGAGUGUUGACAAAAGGUACUGGGGUGGUGAAGAGGGAGAUUCAGUUUUUCGCUGGUUUUGGACUAGUUCAGAUGGUUCUCAAUGUGAGAUUAGGGGUGCCAGUGCCUCAUCAUACACGCUGACAGUUGAUGAUAUUGGUUUCUUUAUUUCAGUCUCAUGUGAGCCUGUGAGAAGUGAUUGGGCUCGUGGUCCCAUUGUUCUUUCUGAACAAAUUGGACCUAUAGUAGCUGGUCCCCCUACUUGUAAGUCUCUGGAGUUUCUUGGAUCAAUGAUGGAGGGACAGCGGUUGAGCUUCAUUGCUUCAUAUAUUGGAGGGGAGAGGGGAGAUUGUUCUCACGAAUGGCUUAGAGUGAAAACAAAUGGGGCCAAGGAGAAACUAAGUACUGAUGAGUUUCUGGAUUUAACUCUUGAUGAUGUGGGAAGAAGUAUUGAACUUGUUUACACUCCCAUGCGCAAAGAUGGAGUCAAAGGGAAUCCUAGGAGCAUACUAUCUGAUGAGGUUUCUCCUGCGGAUCCGGUCGGUUUGGACCUAGUCAUUCCUGAUUGCUAUGAGAACCAGGAGGUUGUUCCACAGAAAACAUACUUUGGUGGACAGGAAGGUGUUGGAGAGUAUAUUUGGUAUAGAACAAAGACUAUGCUAAAUGGGUUGGCAUUUACAGAUAUAUCUAGUUCUUCUGAAGAUGUUGUUAUCUGUGGUCAAACAUUCACAUAUACUCCAUCACUUGAAGAUGUGGGUGCUUAUUUAGCAUUACAUUGGCUACCCACUCGUGUUGAUGGCAGAUCUGGAAAGCCACUAGUUGCAAUUUCCAACUCACCAGUUAACCCAGCACCUCCCGUAGUUUCUAGCGUUCGUGUGGAGAAGCUGGCUUCAGGGAUAUAUUCUGGAGAGGGAGAAUAUUCUGGUGGAUAUGAGGGAUCAAGCCUUUUUAGUUGGUACAGAGAAACUAAUGAUGGAACAAUCAUUCUCAUCAAUGGGGCUAAUUCUAAAACUUAUGAGGUCACUGAUGCAGAUUACAACAGCCGUUUGUUAUUCGGGUACACACCAGUUCGUUCAGAUUCAGUUGUUGGAGAACUUAGGCUGUCUGAACCAACUGAAAUUGUUCUCCCUGAGCUUCCAAUGGUAGAGAUGCUUGCUCUCACUGGAAAGGCAAUAGAAGGUGAUGUGCUAACUGCAGUUGAAGUGAUUCCAAAAAGUGAAAUCCAACAAUGUGUUUGGAGCAAGUACAAGAAAGAUGUCCGCUACCAAUGGUUCUUUUCAUCAGAAACAGAGGAUAGAAAAUCCUUUGAGCCUUUACCUUCACAACGCUCCUGCUCUUUCAGAGUUCGCUUUGAGGACAUUGGUAGGUGUUUAAAAUGUGAAUGUAUUGUGACGGAUGUAUUUGGAAGGUCAAGUGAGCCAGCAUAUGCUGAGACUGCUCCUGUAUUACCAGGGAUUCCUAGAAUUGAUAAGCUAGAAAUUGAAGGAAGGGGCUUUCACACCAAUUUAUAUGCUGUACGUGGCACUUAUACUGGAGGAAAAGAAGGAAAAAGUAAAAUUCAGUGGCUUAGGUCAAUGGUUGGCAGUCCUGAUCUUAUCUCCAUACCAGGUGAAACAGGGAGGAUGUACGAAGCUAAUGUUGAUGAUGUGGGAUACAGGUUGGUUGCUAUUUAUACACCAAUAAGAGAGGAUGGCAUUGAGGGGCAGCCUAUUUCUGCAUCAACAGAGCCAAUUGCAGUUGAGCCUGAUGUUUAUAAAGAAGUGAAACAGAAACUUGAUCUUGGAUCUGUAAAGUUUGAGGUCUUAUGUGAUAAGUACCGCAAUCCAAAAAAGGUUCCAGGAGAAGGAUGUCUUGAGAGAAGAAUCCUGGAAAUUAAUAGAAAACGAGUCAAGGUCGUGAAGCCUGGUUCAAAGACUUCUUUUCCUACUACCGAAAUUCGUGGAACCUAUGCUCCUCCUUUUCAUGUGGAGCUUUUCCGCAAUGACCAACGUCGACUUAGGAUUGUUGUGGACAGCGAGAAUGAGGUAGACCUCAUGGUGCAUUCACGACAUCUGCGGGAUAUUAUCGUUCUUGUGAUCCGUGGUCUUGCUCAGCGGUUUAACAGUACAUCUCUCAAUUCUCUCCUCAAGAUAGAGACAUAAAUUUGGUUAGAAAAUGUAAACACAUCAAAAAGUAUUUGACCGUAGGUGUUUUAGGUCUGUCUCAAAAAGCAUUCCCUUUUUUUUCUUUUUUUUUUUUUGCGGUGUCAUUGCCAUCUUAACGAUUUCUGCAUGCAACCAAUCUUGUGCAUUGUUCCGUGUUCAAAAGCAUUGGCCGCUGUGGUGUUUCGCUUUGUGUAUAUCAUUAUUUGAAUGAUAAUAUUUGUAAUCUAUUUGCAAGAUUUUAGUUUGUCCUUUGAUAAGUUCUCCUCUGUAAGCUUAUGCUGCAGAGGAAAAGUAGUUGGCGAGAAGGCCUAUUCGAGGAAGGAUAAAAUUUUUAACAUGUUAAAGAGGCCAUGAUUAUCAUGAUACAGCAAGAAAAAACUCCCUUGGGUUCUAAAACCUCGUCCAACAACAUUGCUUGAAAACCCUGAUGGAUUCAACAUGAUCGAUUCAAUUGGAUAUACUAUUAAGUUAUGAUAUGGUUCUGACUACCAACCGGUAUACCCCCCUGAAGUGCAAGGAAAACAAAACGUAAAAGUGCUCUUCUUGGCGAGGACCGUUAUAGGUUGAGAUUUCUCUAUAUAUGCAUUCCACAUUCGGAAGAGACUUCACUAUAGCACAAAACCGAGAGCAGUGCAGUUAGACCUGAAUAUAUUCCUAGCGGCUUAACAACUAAGGACAAGUAUUGCAGCAAGCAAGCACCCAUUACUGAACCAAGUCAUGUCCCACCAAGUCAGAGUUUUCCUCAUUUCAUGCUGGCUACGAGGAACGAGCCAGUAGACGGUCAUAAGUGUAGAUAUUGUGUCAGACAAAGCAUUGACUUAGCUUGUCCAGCUAUGAAAUGACUGUUGUGGUAAUAAAUCUUGUUUGGUGGAACCACAUCCCCUCAUUUUAAGCCCGUUAUCAUUGCCACCAACAUCACUUUCAAUCGCCAUUAGCACUCUGAAAUGGUAAAAUAUAUCAUUAUUGAGGAAUUAAAACGACC